AUGGUUCAAAACAAAGGUCUUAUCUUCAAGCAAGUUCCUCAGGGAGUUCCUGUUGCAGGAAAGGAUCUGGUAGUUGAGACUCGUGAAUUCGAUCUUGACCAAGCACCACCCGCUGGAGGUAUCACAACCAAGAACUUCUAUGCCUCCUUCGAUCCUUACCAACGUGGACGCAUGAGAGCUGCAGAAGCCAAGUCCUACUCCCCAGCUUUCCCAUUGGGACAACCUAUCAACAACAACACUGUUGCCAAAGUUAUCAAGUCAGACAACCCUAAAUUCCAACCAGGAGAUCUCCUCACCGGUUUCAUCUGGACUGAAGAGUACUCUGCUCUUCCAAAACAACUCGCAGAUGGCGCAGCAAAAAUCGAGAACCCAUAUAACUUGGACGUAAAGCAUUUCCUUGGAGCACUGGGCAUGCCCGGAUUGACCGCAUACUCCUCAUUCUACGAAAUCGGCAAGCCUGUCAAGGGCGAGACCAUCUUCAUCUCCUCCGCAUCCGGAGCCGUUGGAGCCCUCGUUGGACAACUCGCUAAGCACGAAGGCCUCACAGUCAUCGGAUCCGUUGGUUCUGAUGAAAAAUUAGACUACAUCAUCAACGAAUUGAAGUUCGACGGUGGUUUCAACUACAAGACAGAGAAGCCAGCAGAUGCUCUCAAGCGUCUUGCACCAAACGGCAUCGAUAUCUACUACGAGAAUGUCGGAGCAGAACAAUUAGAAGCUGCUAUCAACGCAAUGAACGAUCACGGUAGAAUCGUCGCGUGCGGUAUGAUUAGCGAGUACAGCAAACCAGAAGCCGAGAGAUACCCCAUCAAGAACUUGAUGAACAUUGUUGCAAAGAGAAUCACCAUGAGAGGUUUCAUCGUUUCUGAUGCUAACAUGGGCCCAUUGCAUGUCAAGGCAAGAGACGAGAAUGUUGCCAAGUGGUUGGCGGAUGGAAGCUUCAAGGCUUCUUUGAGUGUUACUGACGGAAUCGAUAAUGGACCAGAGGGAUUCAUUGGUAUGCUUGGAGGAAAGAACUUUGGAAAGGCGGUCCUGAAGAUUGCUGAUUCCGAGUAA